AUGGAGACGUCCGGACGCAAGUCCUCCUUUACCACCUCAUCCUCGCCGUACGCUCGCAGACGCUCGUUUCUGUCCAAAUCCAUGCUUGAAAACGACAACUUCCAGAUAUAUGAGUUGUCCUCUUCUGCGCCGUCGGCGUGCUUCGUGUCGGAGGAGAACGGCUCGCGGGCCAGAAUCCCUUCGUUCUCAAUCAACCUCACCCAGUCACAGGGUUUCAUCUGGAACCAGGACCUGUUUGCGUCGUCGUACCAGCAGGUCAGAGCUGGUCUCAACCCGGACGAGUUCCAGGAGGGCUCCAAAAGCGUCGAGGUGGUAGACAUCAUUCUGGAAGACGACACAGACACCGAAAACCGGGCCGGGUCGCUGAAAGAGUCGGGUCGCGAGACGAAAGGCCGUCAGGAGUCGCACGAGGCCGUCUGCGACGACGACAGCAUCUUCCCGGUCGACUAUUAG